AUGGAUGUGCUUUUGCUUUCCCAAGAGUCCCUGAACCUCUUGCUCGACGGUCGAGCCUCCGGGCUCUUGCGAGGGACGUUCACUCCAAAGCGCGGAGAUGCCUUGCUGGAUUCCUUUUUUUUGCAUGUUUGGACUUCCCUGGGGCUGCCUUCCCAAGCAGAGCUCCAGGCAACGAGCCAGCUCCAGCUUUGCCAGUUGCAUUUUUGCUGUGCGGACAGUCCGAAUCAAGAUAUUUGGCUGGGGUUGGCUGCCGUUGGAGAUGUUGUGGCACGAGCCCGCCUGGUUGCGGCGCACAAGUUGGAUGAGCCGGGACUGCGGCGUGCAGGGGAAGCUUUGCUGGAGCAACAGAAACGGCUGUGCUAUGGAACCCCUCACUUGUGGGAGCUUGACCAAGUCGAGCAGCUCGCGGAGCCUUGGAGGAUUUCAAGCGCGGCGCGCAAGGGAUGCGCGCAGUGGAUUCCAGCGCGUCGCUGGCAGUCACAGCAUCCUGAGCCCGUCAAGCGGAAACAGUCCGGUGUCACGAGAGCUUGGCCAAAGAGGUUUCCCAGAAAACCUAGAUCUGACGGACAAGGCCCUGACCUUCCGCAAGGCUUGCUGCUGAAGCAAAGACGGCCAAAGAAAGGUAAACGGGAAAAGCGACUCAGCAGGAACGCCCCCGCAAACCCUCAAGAUGCCAUUUCUCUGGAUCGACAUGGCCAGGGUGCAGACUUGUCCCAGCGGCUGAGAGCAGGGAGAACUUUGCCCAGACUGCGACAUCUGGCCAGCAUGAGCUUGUUUUACCACAGACAACCCUUCGAUGCCCCGUCCGAUCCUCGUCCAGGACGCUGUGCGCUUUUACGAGGGAACCCUUGCUUCAUCGUCUCCACCUUCCAGCGCAGGAAAGUGCCCAUGGCAGAUGUUCUUCCAUUGCAGGAGACGCUGGAUGAUGCGAUCCUGACUGCCUCUCGAGCAGACAUAGAGACGUGCGCGCAAAGAGACUUGCAAGAUGUGGGCUGCAAGCGCGUGCAGAUUCAACCACGAAAUCUUCGGAAGGGCCGGCUGCGUUUCAAUGUCUUGCCUGCUGCGUGUGAGCCUGGACUGCAAGCAAGUGCAGAACGACCGACUGCCCCAGCCGCCGCUGGGGAAAUUAUCCGUGUGGAGCCAGCUGCUGCCUCAAGAGCUCGCUUGUGGACGGGCGCUGGCAUCAGGUCGUGGUCCGACGAGAUCUUAGUCAGCGAGCAAUCUUUUGGCUUGACACCCCGCUGCCAUAUUUGCUGGAUACGCGGCCGGAGCGGUGCUUGA